CCCGCCGUUCGAUCUCGGGCGUACGUACGAAUUUGCGCUUUCGCUGUCCACGCUCAAUCAAUGGUCGGCCGGCUGAUUGUCGAACCCUCGCUCCGUCCGGCGUUGCUCGCCCCCUUGGGGAUCACUCGUCGCAGUUGAUCCCAACGACACACCAGCCGGCUUCGGCGAAACCGACGAACGCGAGACGGACGAGCGGGCCCAGCGAGGCACGCUCGAGCGCUGCGAUCCAAGAAAAGCCCCCGAAAAGCCCGAGAUCCAUCCGCGGGCAGAAGCUCGUUCGAAAUUCGGGAGGCGGCUACCUGCGCCCGCUUCCCCGCCGCACUGCUACGCGAGAGCGCGUGCGCGCGGCUGCGGCGGUGGCGGCGUCGUCGUCGCCGUUAACAACCGCGAGGGGAGCCUUUUGCCGAAGGCUCGUGCACACGGCCAGAGAAAGAGAGGCGGAGAGACAGAGAGCUAACUCGCGCCGCAGCCGGAGAGCCUCGGGUGUGGUUUUCGCGCCAUCAAGGAGAGCCCAAUUCCCUUUUAUUUCGCGGGCCCCCGAGCCUCGCGCGAACCGGGCCGCCGCGAUAGACGAGCGAACGAGAAGAGUGGGCCCCCCAGCCGCCAGCGACCGGAAUGAGGGAGGAGGCGGAGAGAUCGCGGUGAUAGAUCCACAAGGCUGCAGCAUUGACAGACUGCGGAGGCUGCUCGCGGGCUACCGCGGCCGCUGUCUCGCCGAGGCCGCGCCUCGUCGUCAACAACAUCACGGCAGCUCGCGGCUCAUCGCCCGAUGUCCGGCACGACGGUCGAGGCUCGGCCCAUCACUAAAUGCGCCGUCAUCGUCGACACCAUCAUCACGACGUCAGCGACAACAGGCAACGAGACGAAGGGUUGCUUUGAUCGGCGCACGCCAGUGGAACGACUACAGCGAGAGCUGCGAUGAAGACUCGCCCGAUUGCAGCAACGCUCAGCAGUCACCGUCGUCAUCGCCAAAUAUCACGAGCUCUAAUCCAAGCAGCAGUAACACCACCACCACAGCAGCGACGUUGAGUAACAACGUCGACAAGGACAAUAAUAUGCAGCCAAAAAUCGACUGGAAGCUCGCGCUGCUCUACACUCUCCUUGUGCUGCAGGUGCUCAUUGUUAUGAUUUAUGUUACUUCGACACCGCACGUUACCGAUCUUAGUGCUCCGGUUGGAAGGGACGGCGUCAGCUUCGUGGACAUGGAGGCGCCUCAGCAAUACUACGAGAACAAGAGCCGCGAACUGCACAUAAUAACCGGCGAGACCAGCCUCAGAGACGUGCGCACGUUCAAGCUCUUCCACGCGUACAAUCGCACCCAAUGCUGGCGCAGCGGCGUGGACGAGCGUCAAAUGCAGCGUGACGAUCUGGAUAACGCAGCGACGAACGAAGUCGAAGAACGGCGCUGCGCUUGCAACCAAGGCUGGCACGGCUCGGACUGCGGUCAGCCGGAAGUCGUGUGGCGCGCUAUCAUGGCAUCCAAGCAGAACGUGAAAUUAUCGAGGCGUAAGCUCGCCAGACGCAUCGUGCACACCUUUUACGUGAGCGACCACAAUUCUGCCAUAGCCGAGGUGAUCGUCGAGGAGUUGUAUCCGGUUGUCGAUCUGUUCGUCAUCUGCGACCUGAGCUCCGCGGAGGACAACUUCCGCCAUAAGCUGGCAAAGGGCUUCCUGGCCAAGCAGCAAGACAAGAUCCUGUACGUGAACAUGUCGGCCAAGCUGAAGAAACCACCACGAGUGAUCUCCAAGUACGUGUGGGAGUACGUGAAGAGAAUGGUGAAGAACAUCCGCGACGACGACAUCUACGUGACGACGGACGCCGAGCAGAUACUGAACGCUCGCGCAUUAAUGUUCCUAAAGGUGUACGACGGUUGGCCGCAGCCGAUAGGCUUCCGCUUGCGUUGGUCGGUCUUCGGUUUCUUCUGGCAGCAUCCGCAAAAAACAACCAUCACCAUCGGCGCUUGCACCGUCGGCCUGAUGCGCGAGGCACAUCGCUUCAACUCUUUGAUUCUCGAGAAGGAGCUGACCAACGAGAUACAAGCGAGGGAUACUCUGGGCUUGGUUAUCGGCGACUUGAAUCACUACGGCGGCUGGUACUGUCAAUUCUGCCAAGGUCCGGCUAAUGUGCUGGUGGCGCUGCGAGAGAUGAAUCGAACUCGUGAACUGGUGAUCGAGCGCAGUGUCGAUGUGCCAUUUAUCGAGGAUCUCAUUGGCAGUGGUAUGUGGUUCGACGAGAAGACUAGUUUGCUUAGAGCCUACAGAUCGAGAGAGUCGUAUUAUGCACCCGAUACUGUUACCAAUAAAACCUGGAAGUACGACUGGCUCGUGGAGAACUUUUAUGCCAAGCUCGAUUACUACUGAGGUGUGCAAGUGUGCAGUGUGUAUGUGCUAUAACUCUCUCCCCCCUUAUCCCCUUACUACCGUACGAUUACCCCAUUGAUAAUACUGUGAUAACGUGCACGCGCCCCAAAUUACGUUCGACGUAUCGUUCUAGGCGGCUUAUGAUGAUCCUUCUUUCUUGUUUUCCUUUGUUUUCCGACAGACCAACGAAAGCUUACGUUGACUGUGUUCUCACAAGACUGUGUCAUUGUUUUUGUAUUUACGAGAUCUUUUAUUGACUUAAUAAAAGCGUUUUCAA